AUGAUUACUCCAAGUGCUGACGGGAUUGAAACUGAGAGAAGGACAUAUUUCAGAUAUUUUAUAAUAUUUUUGUUUAUAUUUACGCUCACUUCGAUUUUACAAAAUGAAAAAGAAGAAGAGGAAGCAAAGGCUCACCAAAAUAAAGUAAAUUUAAGACAACCCGAUAAUUAUAGGAACCCUGAGUUUAUGUAUUUAAGGAAUAUUAAUCAUUUAAAAUAUAAAUCAGCUAUAUAUAUAACACCCAAUCGGAAAAUUAUGCCAAGUAUAUCAUAUUAUAAUAAUUCUACAAUAUAUUUCGAAGGAUAUAAUAACAUAUUUAAUAAUUUUGAAAAUGUAGCUUUAGGAAUAAAUAAAAUAAAUAAUGAUUUUCACAUUUAUGUAACUGAUAAAAAUAAUAUAAACAGUGAUCAAAGUAUUAUAUGUAAAAAUAAUGACACACCUAAAGAUUCGUGUGCAAUUAUAAAUACAAUUUUAAUAGAUAACUAUUUUUUUAAGAAUAUAAAUAUAUCAGGUUGUAAUGAUAAUGAUGAGCUAUGCUUUUUUGUAUUUGUUCAAUUAAAAAAAAACAAAUGCUAUAAUUUUAACAAUUUAUCUAAUUCUUGUCAUAUCAAUAAUGCUAUGAAAAAUCAUAAUAUUUUUCUAAUUAACAAUUAUUGUUAUGUAAUUUUAGCUAGUUCGGAUGUUAAUAAAAUAUAUGAAUUUAUUAAAGUCCACUUAGCUAGUGAUAGCGAUUUUGAUGAAAAUACAAAAAUGGACAAUGUAGAGAUAGUAUCACAUUUUUGUGGAAAUUUAUUAAAUCAAGUUGCAACUUUAGACCCAAUAAAUGGAAGAUUAUUAUUUAUACAGCAGUAUAUACAUAAAAACGAUAACUAUAAUGAAACAAAUAAAAAUGAAAAAUCGCCUGAUGUUUUUUUAAAUAAUUAUUCUAAUCAAAAUAAUGGCGAUGAUGAUACUUUAAAAUUUAAAAUAAAUUAUUAUUUAACAAUAAUGGAUUUAAAAUCAGAAAAUAAAGAUAUAAUAGAAUAUAUACCAUAUAUGAAAAACAAACCAGAAUUAAGUAUAUAUCAACCUAUGCAUAUAUCAUUUGAUGAACAUUCCAAUCUUUAUUAUAUUGUCCAACAUGGAAGUAAUGGAUCUCUUAAUUUUAUUUUUAUAUCACCAUCUCAGCUUUUGGUUUAUUACACACUAAAAAUAAAAAAUUUUUACUCUGGAUGGCUAUUAAAUUCGGACAAUGAACAUGAGAAUAAGGGAAUAGUUCUUUUCGGUGAGUAUCCACCUUAUGAAGACGAGCUUCAUAUUUGGGAUAUAACAAAUUUUCAACAUCGGAAAUACUUAGUUAAUAUUAUUAAAACUUAUUAA